AUGCAGAACUCGAGCGACGAUGAAGCGGGUGGUGGCAAGGGCAUGCAGCCGGUGAUCGUGUUCCCCUUUCGGCUGCCCAAGGCUGGGGCGGUUGCCAUCCAGCGCGCCCUCCACACCACGGACGGGGCCUCACGUGGACACGUCUCGCGCACCUCGGCCCUGCGCGAAGAGCUGGUCGCCGCGCUUACCCCCGCCGGGGGCGGCCAGGUCAGCACGGCGCUGGUGCUGCAAAAGGCCGAACGGUACCUGCCGUCGCUGUGCGGCCUCGCCUGCGCGCUCACCAACCAGCCGCGGCUGCACCUGAACGAGCCCCUCAACUUCAAGUGGACGUCGUCCCUGCGCAAGACCAAGCACAAGACCACCGGGUCACGAAAAAUGUACCUCGACUGGGACUUCAAGUUUGAGCUCGUCAUGACCCUCAACACGCUUGGGCUGGGCUACGCUCGUCGUGCCAGCGAGGUGCUGUACUCUGGCGCUGGUGGUGGUCAGCCCGACGAGGACCUCAAGCUGGCGGCACUGCUCCUCCGCAAGGCGGCUGGCGUAUUCACGCACCUGGCCGACACCGAGAUUCCGCGGUGGGUCGGUGUUGCGGACAGAGAAACUGCAGUCGAGUGCAACCACAACAUUGCCAAGGCGCUUUCCAUCGUCUGCCUCGCUCUGGCACAACAGCUGACCAUCAAGAAGGCUCUGGCGGACGGCAUGAAAAAGGGCAUCGUGGCUAAGCUCUCCGCUGAGGUGUGCCACAUGCUUGAAAAUGCGCUCUCUCUUGCCAAGAUGUACCCCAACCAGCGGCUCGUCAACAAGCACUUCCUCAAGUAUUUGGAGCUUCAGAUAACCAUGAACAAAGCCGUGUGCGGCCGGUUGCUGGCCGCCAGCCACUACGAGCAGGAGAAGCUGGGACAUGCCGUUUCUUAUGCCCGACUCGCUUACGACACCAUUCAAACGAUCAAGCCAUUCGCGGUACAGAACGACGUAGGGCACGUCUUCCGCCUGUAUAACAUGCAGAACAACCACGUCUGGGUGCAGAAGGAAGUGGACAGCCGCGUUUUGGGUCUUCCCGAGGGCAAGUCGGUGGUCAAGAUCGAACCUUUCCUUCUGCCCGAGCCCGAGUACACCGACAUCUUCUAG